AUGCACUGUAGCCAGUUAACCACACUGCUGGGUCUGCUUAGUGGGGCCUGGCUGCCCACAGGCUCAGGGAGGCCUGGGGCCCCAGCUACACCUACUCAGUCCUGGACUGCUAGCAAUCAAAGCUGGACUCUGGAUCCCCUGGCGCCCAUCUCUGCCCUGGGUAGCUGGAAGGCCUUCCUGGGCCUGCAAAACAAAGAGCAGGGGACAGGUGAGCUGCAGGGAGGGCUAAGCGCGGCUUCUGGUGUGUCUUUGCCCUUGGCUCCUCAGGAAGUGCUUCAGGAGACUUGUAAGGCUCUGCCCUUUGUUCAGGUGAUCUCCAGGCCUGGUUGCACAGCUUCCCGGGUCCUUAAUCAUCUCUGUUUUGGCCACUGUUCCUCCUUCUACAUCCCCAGCUCGGGUCCCUCCCCUCUAAUCCUCUGCAACAGCUGUGUGCCGGCUCGAAAGCGCUGGACAUCGGUGGCACUGUGGUGUGGAGCUGGCCAAUCAGCUUCCCCUCGGCGUGUGAGGAUUUCCACCGUACUGGUCCAGAAGUGUCAGUGCCGCCCGAAGCUGUGAGCGGAGCAUCCUAGAGGAAUGCGCAGAACACGAACCUUGGAAAGAAGCAGGAGACGCAGUAGGAAGACGUGACCUGAAUGAUGUGCAUCAGGUCAAGAGAGCAGGGUUGGAAGGACAGAUGGACAGGGCCAGAAGGUCUUCCUUCAUCUCGCUCCCAGAAUACUAGACAUGGUCCCCCAGUCAUGGGUUUAGACCACUAAUAGUCAUAGAAUGUGGGGCUGAGGUGUAACUCAGUGGGAGAGGGCUUGCCUAUCAUGCAUACAGCCCUGGGUUCUAUUCUUAUGUGAUAUGUGGAGGGGGAAAAAGGCGUAGCUAUACUGUAUGAUUAGCCCUGUGUGGGAGGGAACAUUCACGACAUAGUCACUAACUCAGGUCGUCCUCAGGAAUCAAUCCUCAGACGUCCCGCAAGGUAGAAUUUCACACAGGUCAUUUUACAGAUGAGGAAACCGAAGCUAUUGACGCACUGUCACUUUUUGGGAGGGGAGAAUAGGGAGAGGGCUUGAGACACAGCCCUUACGCACGCGCAGCACAGCUCCCUGCGAGCUCCUCCUCCCCUAGCCUAGGGUCCCGCUCUUAGCCACUUAGGUGGCACCACGUCUCAGUGUUCAAGACAGACACUCCCAACUGCUAUGACAGCACCACGCAAACACGGACACUGAGCAAAGAUGACCCUGUUCUAGGGACACCAGAAUAACAGCAGCAGCAACUACAACAACAAAACUAUGGCAGGCAAGCGGGAAGCAGCUGCUGGGAAAACCUGGCCCCAACCAGAGGCGACCCCGCGCGUGCGCAGCUGCCUCUGUCGUUGACAGUAGCUGGGGUUUCCCUUAUUGCCCCACCCGAGUCCCCGCAGCAGCCUCAUGCCCAGCCUGGCAUUCUGUGAGAACCAUAAAGGUUAGCCAAGUCCA